UUCACUGCUACAGAUGUGGCACUGGGACAGGAGGUUGCCAUCAAACAGAUAAAUUUGCAGAAACAGCCUAAGAAGGAAUUAAUCAUUAAUGAAAUUCUUGUAAUGAAAGAAUUAAAGAACCCCAACAUAGUUAAUUUCUUAGAUAGUUAUCUUAUAGGGGAUGAAUUAUUUGUGGUUAUGGAGUACCUUGCUGGAGGGUCUCUUACUGAUGUUGUAACAGAAACCUGCAUGGAUGAAGCACAGAUUGCUGCUGUGUGUAGAGAGUGUUUACAAGCUCUGGAAUUUCUACAUGCCAAUCAGGUGAUUCACAGAGACAUCAAAAGUGACAAUGUGCUUUUGGGAAUGGAAGGAUCAGUGAAACUCACCGACUUUGGUUUCUGUGCUCAGAUCACACCAGAGCAGAGCAAAAGGAGUACCAUGGUUGGGACCCCUUACUGGAUGGCACUAGAAGUGGUCACACGUAAAGCUUAUGGGCCUAAAGUGGACAUUUGGUCUCUGGGAAUUAUGGCAAUUGAGAUGGUAGAAGGAGAACCCCCAUACCUUAAUGAGAAUCCUCUGAGGGCCUUGUAUCUAAUAGCAACAAAUGGAACUCCUGAACUACAGAAUCCAGAGAAACUCUCCCCCAUAUUUCGAGAUUUUUUAAAUCGGUGUUUGGAGAUGGAUGUAGAAAAAAGGGGUUCAGCUAAAGAAUUGUUACAGCAUCCUUUCCUGAAACUGGCUAAACCUUUGUCUAGUUUGACACCGCUGAUCAUGGCAGCUAAAGAAGCAAUGAAGAGUAACCGUUAAUAGCAUUACCAUUUGUGGCCUCAGCUUUUUUUUUUUUGGUCAUUUUAAAAAAGAAAUCUAUAUAAUAUAUAAAAUUGUUACUCUUUUUAGGGGUUGAAAAAAAUGUCAGCACAAUGAGGUGGUUUGGGGGAAACCAACCCACUCUCUGGAGACAUCUAAAACAAAAUUAAGAAAAAGAAUUGUUACAACUCUCAAACCAACUCCUUUUUAGGGUCCAAGAAAAAUUGUGGACUGAAUCACUGGCCUUUCACCUUUCUGCCAACAGCCCAGCAGUGCCAUUUAUCAAGCUUGGGAUUUGCAUUUUAUUUUAUUUUUGCUGACUUUGCUGUAACAGAUCCCAUUCAUUGUACCUCUUAGGGUAUUUUCAAUACUUGAAUGGCAGAUUCGAGCUUUCAGAGAAAGGCAUUUGUUUGAUCUGCUAGUCUUUUCUCCUAUUUUCCCUUAUCCUUCCUGUUCCUUUACCUGCUCCUUUUGGAUUGCUUUGAGAAAUUUUUUCUCAUGCCUAAAUUAAAGCAAGUGUGAUAGAUAUUAUGUACCUCCUUACAUUAAAACAGAGGCUUCCUGUGAUUUAAUUUUGUGUAGAAGCCAGGACCAGCUACUUAAAGCACUAUCACAUUCAAUAACAUUUUAGUUGUUAAAGACCAUUUUGAGGAAGGGAUGGAAAGUGAUUUUUUUAUUUUUGUUUUUUUACCUUGAGGGAGAUUAAAAGAGCCUUUUUUAGAGAUAUCAUGAUGGUAAUGUUUGGAGUGAAAAUUAAAAGUAUAGUAAGAAGGAGGAGGAGGAAGAGAAAUUUUAUGACUAAAUCAUUGAGGCAAAGGUAGAAGAUCCUAUUGACAAUUAAGUCCCUGCAAUUUUCAUCUUUCUGUUCCUUUGGAUUUAUGUUGGCUACUGUUCAAAGUUAUUUCCUACUCUGUAUUUGGUUUCAGAAACCAAACAGUUUGUUCUUGCCCCAACUUGGAUUCUACUGCUUCUGCUGGUGCCUCUUUUUUACUUUAUCAAAUAAGUUUGUGUAUAUUUUUUAACUUCUGUUCAUUUUUUUACCCCUAAAGGCAAAUAAUGCCAUAACCAUUGGAUUUUCAGGAUUUAAAUUUUAAAUAUAUAUAUAUAUGUACAUAUAUAUGCCAUUUGAAAUACACAAAUAAUUUGAUUUAUUUGGGAAUAUAUCAAGUUAGAAAGUUGAGAAAUUAGAAACUUGAAAUAUGUGAACUAAAACUUGGUACUUUUAGAAACAAUUAGAUUCUGUUUUAUGAAUGAAAAGAAUAGAGAAAGCUUAAGCUUACAGAGAUGAAGCUUGUUAUAAGCUGGGGUUAUAACCUUGAGUUAUGAAAAGGUCCCAAACCUUCACCAAUAUUUUAUGAGCUGGGAUGACAUAAAUGAGUAAUUCCACAAAUACUGCUGCUAAAGGACUUGUGAAUCAUUUCAGUUACUGAGUUGCUAUAGAUUUAAAUUAGAAGGUAAUUUUAAUGAUGGGUUAGUUUGAAUUCUUGUGAAGUUCUAAAUUUUAUGUACCAAGAAAUUAGAAAAGGGAAGUAAAUACAAGUGAAAUGUAUUUUGAUGUCUGUAAGACAUCCUUUCUGUUAAAAAGUUUUGACUCCUUGAUUGGAAUUUUAAAAAAAGUUUAAUGUUCAGAAUCAUUCUUCACCUAUACUGUUCAUUAUUAAUAGGAUCCUUUUCUUAGAAGCUGUGCUGUGUCAUUUAAAAUGCCAGGAACUUAGAAAAAAAUUCAUUUUUUUUCUAGAAAUUAUUUGCUUCUACUCAACUUCAUAUUUACUUAGCCACACACCAAUGAUGCCAAAUCAUGAGUAAGAAGAAUUAAGUGUUAGAGAUACUUUCUGAAAAGUGGGAAAAUAAGCAUUUAAAAAAAUAUUACUCAUUGUCAAAGGAAGCUGGUCUAUGCUUAAUUUUUUUUCUGUCUCUGUUAAGAUAUGACCAUGAUCAAUAGAAAUGAUUACCAGAAACAUUUUCACCAAAUCAUAAAACAAAAAUCUGUAACUAGAGCACUUAGUAGAAUGGUCUCUGAUUUCACUCUGUUUUGAUUUUAAUUUUUCUUGCCAUGAUUGGCUUUUCUGCAAUGGUUUAAUUAUUUUCUUACUUUACAGCAACAAAAUGCCUUAUUCCCUUUGGAAAACUCUAGUGCCUCUUGAGUUUCAACUUUUUAACAUUCUGCUUUGUAAGCAGUCAUUAGGUUGAUUAGUAUAAAAAGAUACUACCAGUGGAUUAGAAAAACAUAAUGAUCAUUACUCAAGAAGGCAGUAAUUUUGAGUAUUGAAUUUAUAAGUAACUUCUAUUUCUAUACAUGAGCCAUACAUGAGCAUGUUCACUGGAUUCAAUGUCAGUGCCCCCAUUUUCAAGCACGUGACUCAGUAAAGGGCUUUUUGGUUUAUAGGAAGAGUUUGGAAUUAUAUUUAAUCUUGUUUUUAUUGAUGGUGCCCUACAUGUCCAUUGCUGGCAAUGGACCUUGCAUCAUAAAAAUCUGACUCCUGGGAUAUGGGAUCUAAACCCCAGUCUGUUCUUUACAAUUAUUAGUAAGAUAAACUAAUCUAUCAUAUAUACUUUGGUUACUUCUGAAAUUUGUAAAUUUUUAAACAAAAGAAUUUAAGAGCA